CGGCGGUUUCGCGUUUUGGAGCCUCGCCGACACGAUGACGUCAGACGUUCGAGGCGCAAGCCGAGGGAACGCGUUUAAAGCCGAAUAGGGCGUGAAAGUGUGCGUAGCGCGGCGCUCGUCUCCCUUCGUAGUUCUUUAACCCGCGUCUCGCCCGGAGCCGAGUAAAAUGCGCGCUUAGGCCGCGCGUGUGUACUGUGAUAGAUAGGAAUACAAUACGUGGGUUAAUCAUGUUUGGUGCUCUCGCGGUGUGAUCGAUAUAUCCGCGAUACGCUUCGAGGGAGAAAGGCGAGUCGGGCCGAGUAGCGGGGAAUCAUGUUCCGCUGCAUUCCGAUAUUCAAAGCGUGUAACAGGCAGGUGGAAUACGUUGACAGGCGGCACUGCUCCCUCACGAACGUGCCCGACGACAUCCUGAGGUACUCCUGCAGCCUCGAGGAACUCCUCCUCGACGCCAACCACAUCAGGGACCUGCCAAAGAACUUGUUCCGCCUCCAAAGGCUACGUAAACUGGGACUCAGCGACAAUGAGAUCCACCGACUGCCCCCUGAGAUCCAGAACUUCGAGAACCUCGUGGAACUCGACGUCUCCAGGAAUGACAUUCCGGACAUUCCCGAGAACAUCAAGAAUUUGCGGGCUCUGCAAGUGGCCGACUUCAGCAGUAAUCCAAUUCCCAGGCUUCCGGCAGGAUUCGUACAGCUGAGAAACUUGACCGUACUCGGCCUAAAUGAUAUGUCGCUCAUGAAUUUGCCGCCCGACUUUGGAUGUCUCGAGGCGCUGCAGUCGUUGGAGCUGAGGGAGAACUUGCUGAAGUCCUUGCCGGAGUCGUUGUCUCAGCUAACGAAAUUGGAGCGACUGGACCUCGGCGACAACGAAAUAGAGGAAUUGCCACCGCACAUAGGGAAAUUGCCGGCUCUUCAGGAACUAUGGCUAGACCACAACCAGCUCCAGCACCUGCCUCCAGAAAUCGGGGAGCUGAGCACCCUGGCAUGCCUGGACGUAUCCGAAAACCGCCUUGAAGACCUACCCGACGAGAUAGGAGGCCUCGAGUCGCUGACGGACUUGCACCUCUCACAGAACGUCAUCGAGAAGCUGCCGGACGGCCUCGGCGAGCUGAAGAAGCUGACCAUCCUCAAGGUCGACCAAAACCGAUUGUCGACGUUGAACCCCAACAUCGGCAGGUGCGAGAAUCUCCAGGAGCUCAUUCUCACGGAGAACUUUCUCCUGGAGCUGCCGGUGUCCAUCGGGAAGCUGCUCAAUCUGAACAACCUGAACGUCGACAGGAAUAGCCUGCAGUCCCUCCCCACGGAGACAGGGAACCUGAAGAAACUGGGAGUCUUGUCGCUCAGGGACAAUAAACUCCAGUACCUACCCGCGGAAGUGGGACAGUGUAGUGCUCUUCAUGUACUCGAUGUGUCCGGUAACAGGUUGCAGUACCUGCCGUACUCGCUGAUCAACCUGAACCUGAAGGCGGUCUGGCUGAGCGAGAACCAGGCGCAGCCGAUGCUGACGUUCCAAACAGACGUAGACGAGGAAACCGGACAAGAGGUGCUCACGUGUUUCCUUCUGCCCCAACUGGAAUAUCAUCCCGAUGGGCAGCACGACGCUGGAAGGCUGGGCAUGUUGGCAGGACUGAGAAACGUGGUCCAGACCGGGGAGAUGAGGGAGCUGGAGAGCAGCGACGACGAGGGCUGGCAGGAGCGAGAAGCCUCCAGGACGCAUUCCGUCAAGUUCACCGACGAGCCCUCCGAGGGGGACAAGGAGACGCCGUUCGUGCGGCAGAACACUCCCCAUCCUAAGGAACUGAAGGCGAAGGCCCACAAGCUCUUCAGCAAAGGGAGGAACGACAGCAGGUCCGCCUCCACCGACGAGCAAGAUGUCUCGCAGACCUUCGGUCUGGACAAGGCGGAGAACGACGCGACCGGGAACGCGGUCGAGGCCACGCAGAACGCACAGCAGGAGCCCCCGGUCGACCCUGAGGUGGCGUCGAUGACGAAAGUGCCGUCGUCGGAAAAUUUACAAGACAACACACAGUCCAUCAACGAGCCGGAUUCGAUCUCUUCUAGGCAGACGGAAUCUCAGGCACCGCUGGAUUUGGAUGUCGAGGGUUCGGUGUCGGAAUCAAGGGGUAGGGAGGAGGAUGAGUCCGAGGGGGAGGACGUGCAAAGGCACGUCGAGUUUUCCAUUUCGGAAGGGACGGAUGGCGAGGGCGGGGGUGACCCUGGUCGGCCUAAUCGGCUGCACCGGCGAGACACCCCCCACCAUCUCAAAAACAAGCGUAUUCACCCGGGAAUUGACAAGGACAAAGUCGCGUCCAUCAUUGCACAGGCACUGACCAAGAGGAGCGACGAGGUUCCUGCACCCCUUUCUGCCCCCACGGAAUCUGCGGAGGAUUUGCAUAGUCAAGGGGCGAUUUCUGACGCCGAGCCAACGCUGGAAGUUAGAGAAGAGCAGUACGAGAUUCACAUAGAAAGAACCACCGGUGGACUCGGAUUGUCAAUAGCUGGUGGCAUCGGCUCGACGCCAUUCAAAGGGGACGACGAAGGUAUUUUUAUUUCCCGAGUGACCGAAGGCGGUCCAGCCGACCUGGCUGGCCUCAGGGUAGGCGACAAGGUGAUCUCGGUGAACGGGGUCUCGGUGGUAAACGUGGAUCAUUACGACGCAGUCGAGGUAUUGAAAGCGUGCGGACGUGUCCUCGUGCUCGUAGUCGUCAGGGAGGUCACGAGAAUAGUGCCGCCACCGGAACAGCUGUCAGCGAGGAAAGACUCGGUGUGCUCCAGUCUGAGCACAAGUCGAGCCGCGAGUGCGACCUCCUACGUCUCGUCGACGGCCCUUUCCCAUACCUUGGAGAAUGGUGAGUCCUGUACGACGCACGACACCAUGAAGGCAAAGAAGUCCAUAGAACCGAUUCCAGCGGCGAGAUCAAGCGGGGAGCCGAUGGUCCCUGUUCUCGUGCACACCACCUUGAUUCGAGAUCAGAACGGACUGGGCUUCAGCAUCGCCGGGGGGAAGAGCUCUCCUCCAUUUAAGGACAACACCGACGCUGUAUUCAUCUCGAGAAUAACGGACGGUGGAGUGGCGCAGAAGGACGGCAAGCUGAUGAUCGGGGACAAGGUGGUGUCUAUAAAUGGCGUGGAGAUGUCGGGGGCAAAGCACGAACAGGCAGUGUCGAUGCUGACGGGCCUGGAGAGGUUUGUUCGCCUUGUGGUGGAGCGCGAGGUGCCCCUUUCUCAGGCGAACCCGGCGACUGCGGCGACACCCUCGGAGAAGUCCCCUAGGGUCAUCGGGGCCCCUAGGCCCUACACAGGCUUGUACAACGCGAACAGCUAUAUGGCCAACAGGCCCUCGGCCUAUGCAGGGUAUCGACGUUCCGUCGAUCUCGAGAAACUGGCUCCGUCGCCCAGCCCGGUCACCUCGGACACGCCUCCACCGGAUCCCUUGAAGACGGAGGCUGCGAACGGCCUGCCGAAGAUGAAUGGGGUCGGAGAGGUUCCCAACGUCCCCUCGAAGACGUCUCCUCCGGUCACUCCAACGAUCCAUUCUCAGACUCGGUUGAAGAUGCAACCUCAGCCCGCUCCUCGUCAAAGCGUCGCGCAACCUGGGGGACAGGGGGCUCCGGAUAGUCCCGCUGGACCCCUUCCCGCCUCUCCCACGGGGUCUGACACCCAAAGGCCCGUCUCUCCUCAGGAUGACGUUCAGGCUCCCGGGCCCAUCACCAAUGAGGAAUUUCAGGCCAUGAUCCCUGCCCAUUUCCGCCGAGCUCCCGCCUCCUCGCCCUCCCCGGAGGCCCAUCAGGGUCCUACGGUCACUGUCACUAUUAAGCAACCUGAUCUUAUCCCUGGGGAUGUUUGUCUACCUCCGGCGCCGACCGCUCUCGGCAAAGUUACGGAGACCAUCACUAAGAGCACCCUUACCGAGACCGUCGUCACCCGGGUGACCGAUAAUCACCUCGUCGAGCCCGUCAUCAUCGAGGACGUCGUGCUCAUCAAGGAAGGCUCUCUAGGCUUUAGUAUCAUCGGCGGGACCGAUCAUUCCUGCACGCCUUUCGGCGCAAAGGAACCUGGAAUAUUUAUAUCUCACGUUGUACCUGGUGGCAUUGCGGCCAAAUCCGGAAAGCUACGAAUGGGAGACAGAAUUCUCAAAGUGAACGGCACCGACGUGACUAAAGCUACCCAUCAGGAAGCCGUCAUGGAGCUGCUUCGUCCUGGGGACUCUAUCGUCUUGACCGUCCAACACGAUCCACUUCCUGAGAGCUAUCAGGAACUGGUGAUAAUUAAGGAGCCAGGUGAGAAACUAGGCAUGCACAUUAAAGGUGGACUGAGAGGACAGCGAGGGAAUCCUCUCGAUCAUAGCGACGAAGGUGUCUUUAUCUCGAAGAUAAACUCCGAUGGUGCUGCGAAAAGGGACGGAAGGUUAAAGGCUGGCAUGAGGUUGCUGGAAGUCAACGGGACGUCGUUGCUGGGAGCUACUCAUCAGGAGGCCGUGAACAUUCUGAGGUGCUCGGGGAACAUCAUCAAGCUGGUGGUCUGCAAGGGGUACGACAGGGGCGAGGUCGAGCAGGUGUUGACGAUGACAGGUGGCAGGGAUUCGAAGGAGUCCAAGGUGUCCAGGGAUGACAAGGAGGGACCUCCCGAUGGCAUAAAGUCCUUAUCGCAAAGUGUGUCCAGCCUGGACCGGGAUGACGAGGAGGCUGCCACUCUCAGACAGGAGCAGGAGAUGAAGGCCGAGCUGGUAGCCUGGGAACAAGAAGAGCGAGAACGCGCCCUUGUCGAACAACGCGAAAAAUCGACCCCCGAGAAGGUGCUCGAUGUAGUGCGAGCUGCCGAGUCGUUGGUGAACAAGUCGAACAGCCCCGUGGACAUGUACGUGCCUCCAAAGUCCCCAGGAGGCACGAAAGACGUGAAGACGACGACGAUCGUCAUGAGCAAACACACGCUGGCGCCCCAAAACCCGACACCAGUAAGCAAAGAGGAUUCAGGGACAUCCGUCGACAGUCCCACGUCGACGAGUUCUCCGAUCUCCAUCCUGUCGCCACUGUCCUCCAUGACGACGUCCUUAAACAAUUCUUCGUCCUUAACGAGCCCGACCUCACAGACCCUUCCCUCGCCCUCGAGGAAGACCUCGACCCCGAAACGGAGCAUAACCUUCGCCGCCUUGCCAACCUCCCCGAGAACGACCUCGAUAGGAGGGUCCCUGUCGACCUCCGACCUCCUAAAAUCCACCCCGAGACAAAGACCCUACUCCGUGCACGAUAAGCCCCUGAAGAGUCCCUCUUAUCAGAGCCUCCUGACCGGAGGUCAGUCUCGUUUUCGGCUUCCUCCCACGCCCCUGACCAGUCCUGGCCUGGGAAACCUUGCUGGGAAAACCGGCCUCACGAGUUCCCUAAAAAACCGACAGAUUGCACGCUCUGUUGCCGAUAACACCCUGGUCGAGCCUUCGCCGAGUCCAUCGCCGACCCCUGGCCCCGUGAAGAUGACGGUCAGCGAUAGGAAGAGGCUCUUCGAGAACGCAAUGGAGGAGCACCUGAAGCCGUCGCCUAAGCCGGAGAAGGUUUUCAGUUUCCUAAGUCAAGACGAGGUGGAGAAGAUGAAGCAGGAAGAGGAGAAGAAAAUCGCCACCCUGACGAGAGACGAGCUGAAAUCCUGGGCCCAGAUCGAUGAGAACGAGGGACUGGAAGAGGCCGAGGAUGCCCUGGAAGAUCAGGACAGCAGACGGCCUAACAGUCGGCUGAGUUCGCACCACCUCCUGCAGAACAUUCCUGGAGUGGUGAGGACGGCAAAGGCGGAGCGACGCCUAAAGGAACGUCUGAUCCAGAAGGGUCUGAUCUCCGACGAAGACGAAGAGAGCCACCUGACGCCGGCAGAGCAGAGAGCCCUGAGGGCGGAAAAGAGGGCAGCAUGGCGACAAGCCCGGUUAAAAUCUCUGGAACAGGACGCGCUGCAGGCGCAAAUCGUCAUAAAGAAAAUGAGCGAGAUGAUGGACACCUCCGGCAAAACGGAGUCAGGAAAGGACGCAGUGGACGCCGAAGCUUCCCCAGAGCCGGAGAAAAUUGCGGAGUUCGCGAAGUUACGGCCAUCUAGCGCGGAUUUCCCUAAACUUGCCGUGCGCAGCAAGGUGGGUCCCCCUAAAGCGGUCCGCGAAUCCGAGAAAGUCGUCGACGAGAAGGUGACUCGACGCACCGAAGAGUACGUCGACGAGGUCACGGGCGAGCGUCGUGUACGAACGGUCGAGUACGUCGAGAAGCUGAUCGAACGCGAGGUGGAGACGCUGCGUGAGAAAAUAAUCUCCCUGGAGCUGAGCAACGCCGAGGAAGAGAUGGAGAGCAUCGGCGAGACCGGAGCCAGCGACGCGGAGAGCGAAAGCGAGGCCGGGACGUUUUCCGCGGAGAAUACGCCGACGGAGGAGAAAUCCGAGAUCCUGGGCGAGACCGCCACCUCGGAAGAGACGACGGCGUCGGUCAAGAUCGCAACGAACCCGGCUGGCGUCCUCUCGAAGAAGAAGAAACGGAAGCAGGGCCGGAAGAAAGGUCGCCAUUGACCGAGGCCGAGCGUCCUUUGUACAAAAAGAGAAUCAGGGAACUGCUGUGCCAGACCCUGCCAUGUCUCUAAAACGAUUAGCAGGGAGGAUUAAAAAAGAUACUAGACAUGUCUGCGUCAGGUUCGGGUCGGGCUACGUAAAGAAACUUGGCCGAGUGUCGCGCCAAGUACGUUUCGCACGGCGCGAAUCUGACUAGUAGGGCAGAAUUUCUGAAUUCCGUCUUCGAGACGUGAAUCGGCAUUAGCGCUUAUAAGUAGAGAAGUUUUGAUACCAAUAUUCGGAGAUGUAGAAGUAGCGAGCGAAAUUCGGUUAUUGGGUUGGUUUACCCCAAAGGAAUUGGGGGGAAAGGUGUCGAGCGUAUUCCUGCGAUUUUGGGCAGGAAUGGUAUUUAAUGCAAGGCAGGAUGGGAUGCAUUAGAAGGACCAGCUGUCGAUUCGAGCCGAAUUAAAUUCCGUAUAAUUAGCAGGCUUCUUUAAUUAUGCGGUUAACGAAAUAUCGAGGGAUAUUCUUCACUUGUUCCGUACGUCGCGACGUCGAUUCGCCGAUGCGCCAUCUUGAGACGGUUUUAUCGCGGUAUCGCGUCGUACGUGAUAUAUUUUACAUUUUUAUUCACGUCAACUUAUAAUCCUUUAUUGCGCCGUAGAGUUAUCAUUAAACGGGCGUUAAAGUGAAGUAUCAUAUACCCUGUCGUAUUAUGUGCUAGAGUUUUAACUGUGAGUUUUAACAUCACACUUAAGUUAACGAUUGAUUUAAGUUCAGCGACCAUUAGCGAGCAGCCUGGAACUGAGCACAAAAGUAAAUCCAGUCUGCAAUUUCGAGGAAGGCGAAAUUCAAUAUAUAUAUUUUUUUCCUUUUCCUUUUUUAAGCAACAGUGAAGUACUGAUAGAACAUGCAAGGUGCAGUAAUUCAUAACUAUAAGGUUUACGUAGCUCUAGCAAUUUAAUAGGUUCUGCAAAACUGUCAGGAUUGACGGUGGUAACAUUUUUUUCUUUAGUUCAUUAUUGCCUACGGGAACAAUGCAAAAGGUUGCUGCAGCUUUUUACAUUUCAAGUGCAUUCAGAACUAUUAAUUUUAACGUUAUCCCGCGCCAGGCGGCAGGAAAGACUAUUUUAUCGCUACGUUUUCUCGAGCUGAAGCUUAUUUUACUUGACGGGAAUCUAAUUUUCCUUCGUUUAGAGUUAAGUGCGAAACCGUGCCUUUGUAUGCAAAGGUAAAAGUUGCGCAACUUGUCGACUCGCAAUUGUUCAGAGGAAAAGUAAAGGUAUCUACAUUGAACCGUGCUAAGGAGAAGUACCCUGGAUCUUGCGAGAGAUUUGUCAAGGAUUAAUUUCCACGGUGAUCGAAUUUAACACUAAACCUAUCGACGAUUUAUACCCCCAUUAUAAAUACCAUUUAAACCGGUCAAUUUUACCCGCUGGUGGUAGGUUUAGUGUUAAAUCGAAACGUUGCGACAUUUUGGAGUUAACGAGCGAUCCAGACAAAAGUAGAUCUAAUUUUGCUACAUUAUAUUCGUACUGCGGGCGAAGCUUCGUUUUACCGCUUAUGAAACUGAGGUGCGAUCUUCUUACCUGAGGAAACAGACAAAAGUCUCUUUUUGUUUUAGUGAGGAAUAUACCAGUCUGUAUUAGAUUGCCGCAAGAUUGGGGCAGCUUUCGUUGUCAGGGGAAUCAAUGAAGGAAAAGGCAUUUACGGGACCAAUAGUUUAAACUUUAAUUCCGAAUCUAUAGGACCCAUAUGUCGGUCGUUGAUUACGUCCUUUCCCCGUGAUUGUAAAUAUAAUUUCUCUCUCUUUUUCUUUUUAAUCCAUUUUAUUUUCUUUUUCGUUCCCGUCCUAUCUAGGACCCAUCACGACGUUGCCUUUGACGCCCUACAGAAAAUAAAUAUGCGAAUGCCUAGAACUCUUUCACGGGACUUCUAGAGGAAAACGAUGACGAUGAUGAUGAUGAUGAUGAUGUCUUAAAAAUUAUAACGAUUCAAGACGCGGUUCGAUUACAUAAUAACCGUUCCAACGCGAUUUGGAACAACAUCUCGUGCUUCGUAUAUGUAACGUUGAUCCAAUGUAAAACGUUCGUUACGGAAUAUAUCCCUCCCUAGAAACUAUAUAUUUCACAAUCGCGUGCCUCGACUGUAUCAGCUUGUGCGAAGUGGAUGUCGAUUAGUUAAAUGGGAAUCGAUAACAGAUUUCAAAAUCGAUAUCGCCCCAUAAUUCGUCGCAGGUAUUUGGGAACUUGAAUCGCAGCUGGUACAGCUUAGAGCGAUACGAUAAUUUAGGAAACGAAUUAAAGUAUUUAAUAUGUUUUAGAUCAAAAGAAUAUAUAUAUAUAGAUAUAUAUAUUUAUUACAAACCACUAUAUUUCUUUAAGCAAUAUUUAUACGUUUUGUAUCGCUAAGAGCAUUUGUAAACAAAUUAUCGUACAUCUAGAUGUAAAAGAAACUUCGCCAAAUAUAUUGUUUCUUUCCUGAAUUGCUAAAAGAA